CCGACCGCGCACAAUGGGCCAUGGAGUUCCCGUUCGAUGUGGACGCGCUGCUCCCGGAGCGGAUCACGGUGCUGGACCAGCACCUAAGGCCCCCGGCCCGCCGACCCGGAACCACAACGCCGGCCCGUGUUGAUCUGCAGCAGCAAAUUAUGACCAUUGUAGAUGAGCUGGGCAAGGCCUCUGCUAAGGCCCAGCAUCUUCCUGCUCCCAUAACCAGUGCAUCCAGGAUGCAGAGUAAUCGCCAUGUUAUGUAUAUACUCAAAGAUACUUCAGCUCGACCGGCUGGAAAAGGAGCCAUUGUUGGCUUUCUUAAAGUUGGAUAUAAGAAACUCUUUGUACUGGAUGAUCGUGAGGCUCACAAUGAGGUAGAACCACUUUGCAUCUUGGACUUUUACAUCCACGAGUCACUUCAGCGUCAUGGCCACGGACGAGAACUCUUCCAGCACAUGUUGCAGAAGGAGCGAGUUGAACCACACCAACUGGCCAUUGACAGACCCUCCCAGAAGCUGCUGAAGUUCCUGAAUAAACACUACAACCUGGAGACCACCGUCCCACAGGUGAACAACUUUGUGAUCUUCGAAGGCUUCUUUGCCCAUCAGCAUCGGCCCCCUGCUACCUCUCUGAGGGCAACUCGACACUCGCGUGCUGCUGCGCUCGAUCCUAUGCCCGCUGCUCCAGCAAGGAAGCUGCCCCCCAAGCGAGCAGAGGGAGAGAUAAAGCCGUACUCCUCUAGUGACCGAGAGUUUCUGAAGGUAGCUGUGGAGCCUCCGUGGCCCCUGAACAGGGCCCCUCGCCGUGCGACUCCUCCAGCCCACCCACCCCCUCGCUCCAGCAGCCUGGGAAACUCACCAGAACGGGGCCCCCUCCGCCCCUUUGUGCCGGAGCAGGAGCUGCUGCGUUCCCUGCGCCUGUGCCCCCCACACCCCACUGCCCGCCUUCUGCUUGCUACCGACCCUGGGGGCAGCCCUGCCCAGCGGCGCCGCACCAGUUCCCUUCCCCGCUCUGAUGACAGUCGAUACUGACAGACUGCUAACCCCCUCCCCUCCCUGGGAGACCUGGCGCGGGUGGAGACCCUUCUCCCUGAGAACCCCAGACUCAAUCUCCCAUUGCAUCCCCCAGCAUCUAGGGGAACUUGACAAGAACCCGUAGGAUUCCCUUUACCCCUUUCUUGGACAACUGGGUGGUCAGGGUCCCAGGUGGCCUAACACUACAUAGCUUUUCUUACCAUAGAAAGCAGCCCUUCUCUCCUAACUUGGGCUCUGAACACUCCCACAGACAGCCUGAUUUGCUGCCAGGCCUCUUGGUUGGGCAGCUCAUACUAAUUAUCCAGAGAAGCACACUCUUGCUUGCUGUCAGAUUCUAGAACAUCAUGGAAGGUCCAAAGGCCUCCUCUGCCAGGGAAACCUUUUUAAGAGAGUCUUAUCCAUGGAAUAAAUCCAAUAGUCCCUCUGCACUGUCUCCUGGUAGCUCUAAUACUGCUGUGUGCUACCGGCUGCAGCUACCCUAUCAGCCUGCUGACGCCAGCCACUGAACGAACUCUGCUUCAUAGCAGUCCAGUCAGGUAGGACAGGGACUUACCAGCUCCCCACGGGAUCCACUCAACAUUGCCAAACUCUUAAUCUCCACAUGUUUUGUGUAUGUGUUAAUCUGUCAGGGGACCCCUGAGCUGACGUCUGCUGUGGGACUCUAGACUCACCACGCUUCUAUAGACACUACCACCUCCGCUAGGUCCAGGAUCUCUGAAGGAGUCUGUUUCUUGGCAGUAGAUCCCAGCAAACACCCUAGGAUCACUCUUAGCCAAGUUUCAGAAGCUAAGCCUGAGUCUCAAGGCUCUAUUAGCUCCUGGAAUACCCUCUCACAUCCAUCCCUCCCCAGUAGCUAGAUAUGCUGAUAGAUUCCUGUCUUGUGAGAUUGUCUUGAUGAUGAUGGGGGAACUCUUCCUCUGGCCUCCCCUCUCUUCUUUCCUCCAUAGCAAGAAUCCUCCCCUGCUCCAUACCCAGGCUAAAGAACAUCCUUUCCCUCCUUACCCUCUGGAUGUGUACUAGUUCAGGUACCCCUACUGUGUUCCCCCAAAUCCUUGGGAGCAGGAUCUCCCUCUUUUUCUGACUCACUCCUCCUUUUUCUUCUCCCUCUCAGUGUUGUCUGAAUAAAGCGUGAACUCUUUUGUGUUUUUUAAAUGGACAUUUUCAAUGAAAAAAAAAAACAAA